AUGAAGCGUACAGGAGUCCCGAGGCUCGGGCCUGAUGAGCCUGUGCCGAUGCCUCCACAGAAUCCAGCACAGAUACAACAAGCAAGUGCCAGUAACAUGCACCCAAUGGCCCAGUCGCAAUCUCAGAUGAUGUCAGGUGCACCGACCAUGCUAAGUGUUGGCGGGAACAGUUUUGCCCGAACGACUGCCCGGCCAGCGAGCAGCGGGCCUGCCGUCAUCAACUACAUGAAGACGGGAACAGUGCAGUAUGCAGCUAAGCAACCCCCGCCGCCCCAAGUGCCACAGCGGCUUAAGCAGGCCUUACCGCCCCAACAACCAAACAUUGCAUCUCUACCAGCGGCCCUUGGACGCCAGUCUCCAGCCCCAGCACCAAUCCCGCCACCAUCAGUAGGGGUUGGCCCUCCAGGAGUUGGACCACCCGGUGUUGGCCCACCUGGAGCGCAGCCUCCUGCCGGGGCACAGUUCCAAAGGUUGAAGGUUGAGGAUGCGUUGUCGUACCUUGAUCAAGUUAAAUACAAGUUCAACACUCAGCCCCAAGUGUACAAUGACUUCUUGGAUAUUAUGAAAGAGUUUAAGAGCCAGACUAUCGAUACGCCCGGAGUGAUCACAAGAGUAUCGAAUCUGUUCAAGGGCCAUCCGGAGCUGAUUGUCGGUUUCAAUACUUUUCUACCCCCGGGGUAUAAGAUAGAAGUGCAGAGUAAUGGACAGGUAUCGGUGUCGAUGCCCUCGCCCACGGGCUUCGGCGCGCCCAACGUGCUCCUCGGCGUGCAGCACGCGCCCGCGCAGCCGCAGCUCGUCCACCUACUGCCUGUCGCGCAGUCGGUUAGCAAUGCCAUUGUCCACAACCUAUCCGUCAGCGCUGCCCCCACAAACACUCUGCACCAGAUCUCUCAAGCUCACCAGCAGAUUGAAGCAGCUGCUAUUCAUCAUUCUACACCUGGGGCCAAUCAGCAAGCUGCUACGACGCAUCCUGCACCUGCGCCUUCGAGCCAACCCGUGGAAUUCAACCACGCUAUCGAAUAUGUUAACAAGAUCAAGUCACGGUUCUCGAGACAGCCAGACAAGUAUAAGCGUUUCUUGGAGAUACUGCACGCUUAUCAACGAGGACAUCGUGAGAUGAAAGAGCCCCAGGCCAAGCAACAGACAGAGCAGGAAGUUUAUUCGCAGGUGGCAAAGCUGUUCGAGAAUCAAGAUGAUUUGCUGGCGGAAUUCGGGCAGUUCCUGCCUGACGCCAAAGCGGUGACCAAACCUCCCGUCGAACGCGAGAGGCACUACCCUCACGCGCGUUCGCCCACACCUGCCGCUCAUCACCAGCAACAACGCGUGGAGUCUGAGCCGGAGCGGUUCCCGGCCGCAGCGCCCCCCUCACCGCCCCACGCGCCCCACCAGCAUCAUCACCACACACAGCCGGAAAUGCCUUGGGAUGUUAAUAUAACCCUAUCAUCUGUACAGCUUCCAAAGCAUACAAGUUCCAGCUCUUCCACUGCUGCACCACCAUCACAACACCAUCAUCUCAAGAGGUCGCCUAGCUUCACCUCCUCCAGCCAGAUUUCAGGGCUGGGCGCGCCGCCGCCCAAGAAGGCGCGCGCGUCGGGCCUGUCGGGGCCCACGGUGCGCGACGUGUCCUACGCGGAGGCGGCCAAGCUGGCCACCGUGCACGAGUUUAACUUCUUCGAUAAGGCUCGCAAGGCGCUGCGCUCGCAGCACGUCUACGACAACUUCCUCAGGUGCCUGUUACUGUUUACGAACGAGAUAAUCUCAUCAUCGGAGCUGUUGAUGGUGACCGCUCCGUUUCUCUGCAGACAUCCUGAGUUGCAAAAGUGGUUGCAGGACUUCCUCGGUCCACCUUCACCACCACACACUCCAACUAACACCGCCCAUAGUGGGUUCAACAACUGCUACCCGAGCGGCGGCUCGUCGGCGCUGUACUCCCGGCCGAGCGCCGCCGAGCCCAAGCUGCGCCACGAGCCCGUCGCCGCGCUCGCCGCGCAGCUGCGCCACGACCGGCCCCAGGGCGACGCCGCCAUGGAUAUCGACCUGUCGACGUGCAAGCGGCUGGGCACGUCGUACUGCGCGCUGCCGCGGGACGCCGCCGCCAGGCGCUGCUCGGGCCGCACGCCGCUCUGCAAGGAGGUUCUCAACGAUACUUGGGUAUCAUUCCCGACUUGGAGCGAAGAAUCCACCUUUGUAACGUCACGGAAAACUCAAUAUGAAGAGUAUAUAUAUAGAUGUGAAGAUGAAAGGUUUGAGCUGGACGUAGUGAUAGAGACGAACGCGUCGACGAUCCGAGUGCUGGAGGGCGUGCAGAAGAAGCUCGCCCGCAUGACGCCCGAGGACGCCGCCAAGUACCGCCUCGACGACUGCCUCGGCGGACACUCGCCCACCAUCCACCAGCGGGCGCUGCGGCGUAUAUACGGUGACAAGGUGGCGGUUGACAUCAUAGCUGGUCUAAAGAAGAACCCUGUCGUCGCGGUGCCCGUAGUGUUACGGAGGUUGAAAGCCAAAGAGGAAGAAUGGCGGGAGGCGCAGAAGGGCUUCAACAAGCAGUGGCGUGAACAAAACGAGAAGUACUACCUGAAGUCGCUGGACCACCAGGGCAUCAACUUCAAGCAGAACGACCUGAAGGCGAUGCGCUCCAAGACGCUGUUCAACGAGGUGGAGAGCGCCUACGCCGCGCGCCGGCCCGGCCCGCACGUCGUCAUCGACUACAACCUGCAGAGCCGACAGGAAGCCAUCAAGAUAGUUCGCGAUACGGCGGAGCUGCUGAUCCACCACGCGCGGCGGCAGACGGCGAUACAGAAAGCCGAGAAGCGCCGCAUCAAACAGCUGUUGCGUCAGUUCCUGCCCGACCUCUUUUCACACCCACGACAACCGCUCUCGGAUGACGAGAGGGACGACGAAGAGAAAGAGGAAGCGCCGAGUCCAGGUAGUCCUGGCGGCGAUCCAUCAACGCAGGACGACAAGACAGUUAAACAAGAGAAACCAGAGUCGUCCGAGUCUGAUAACGCGUCUGAUAAAAGUGGCAAGAAUAAUAAGAAUAAGGAAAACAAACCGAAAAACAAUAAUAACACUGACACUAAAGAUAAUUCAAAUGUAGCUGCGAAUAGUGUGAAGAGGAGUAGCAGUAAUGAAGAAAUGUCGGUCAAGUCAGAGUAUAAGAGCGAACCCAACGAUCUCGAAGACGAUUACAGAGAACAUUCGCCUAACGAGACGCGGUUCGUGUGCACGUCGUCGUGGUACCUGUUCCUGCGCGUGCACGGCGCGCUCGUGCAGCGCCUGGGCGCGGCGCGGCGCUGGGCGCUGGCGCUGGGGGCCGCCGGCGCCUCGGAGCGCGAGCGCGCGCCCCGCCCCGCCGCCAGCGCGCUGCGCCUCAAGCCCUCCAACCUGCCCGCCGACGUGGCCAGCCCCGCGCAGUACUACGACGUGCUGCUCGAGCUCGUGCGCGCCGUGCUCGACGGCAACAUGGACCCGCCCGCCUACGAGGACGCGGCGCGCGAGAUGUUCGGCAUCCGCGCCUACCCCGCCUACACGCUCGACAAGCUCGUGUCCAUCGCCGUGCGCCAGCUGCAGCACGCCGUGGCCGAGCCGUGGUCGGCGCGCGCCGUGGAGCUGGCGCAGCGCGGCAUGCGCGGCUCGCCCGCCUACGUGCGGCGCGCCGCGCGCCUGCUGCGCCGCGACCACGCCGCCUUCCUCGUGCGCGUGCGCGACUGCUCCCGCCUCGCCAUCGAGCUGCUCGCGCCGCCCGACGCCGCGCGCGCGCCCGCGCCGCCCGCCGCGCGCCUGGCCGCCUGGUCGCUGUACCGCGAGCGCUUCGCGCGCCCCGGCCCGCGCGAGGAGCGCGCGCCCAAGCCCGUGUUCCUGCUGCGCAACGCGCGCGCGCGCGCCGGCGGCUACACGCACAACGCGCACUCGCUGGCGCACGCGCACCCGCGCGGCGUGCUGCACGCGCGCCGCAAGCCGCCGCGCCUGCACGACUCGGCCGAGUGCACGCUCAGCGCGUCGCUGCGCUGCCGCCUGCUGGCCUUCCGCCCGCUGCAGCUGUACCAGCCCGGCGCGCUGGGCGCGGCGCGAGCCUCGCACGCGCGGCUGGCGGCGGCGCGACGCGAGCGCUUCCGCGCCUGGCUCGCCGAGCGCCACCAGCCGCCGCCCCCGCCCCUGCCGCCCCUGCCGCCCCUCCCGCACUGA